AUGGCAAUUUUCAUUCUUACACUUAUCAUUUGCAACCUACUUUUUCUCCUCUCAAAAGCUUCUUCAACUGAUACACUUACCCUCUCACAAUCUCUCCCUGAUGGCACCACCUUAGUGUCCAAAGAUGAAACCUUCGAACUGGGUUUCUUCUCCCUAAGAAAUUCCACAAACCGUUACGUAGGAAUCUGGUUCAAAAACAUCCCAGUAAAAACCAUUGUUUGGGUUGCAAACCGUGACCACCCUCUCAAAGACAACUCCACCAAGUUGACCAUAACCUGCGACGGAAACCUCGUCCUUCUCACCAAGAACAACACAGUUCACUGGUCAACAAACACGACAACAAAGCCCUUGAGACCCACUUUGCAACUCUUAAACACCGGAAACUUAAUACUCCGCAACGACAACGAUGAUAACAAUAGCAUCAAUAAUGAAGAGAAGUUCUUGUGGCAAAGCUUUGACUACCCUUGUGACACAUUGUUACCAGGAAUGAAGCUUGGAUGGAACAAAAAAACGGGUCUCAAUCGACGUGUUACUGCGUGGAAGAAUUGGGAUGACCCUUCUGCUGGGAACUUCACAUGGGGCAUCACAUUUGACAGCAACCCUGAAAUGGUUCUCUGGAAUGGAACAUCUAAGUACCAUAGGAGUGGCCCUUGGAACGGUGUCCGGUUCAGUGGUGCAUUUGGUGGGUCAAAUAGCUUAACCACUCACCCUCUUUUCGUUUACAAAUUGGUCAACAACAACAAUGAUGAAGCGUACUACUCAUACAGCUCCAUCAACAAGUCCCUGAUCUCAAUAGUUGUCAUGAACCAAACCCUCUUCCGCCGACAACGCAUCAUUUGGAUCCCCGAAAACGGAACAUGGAGGUUGUUCCAAACCGCACCAAGAGAUAUUUGUGACACCUACAAUCCGUGUGGUUCUUAUGCAAAUUGCAUGGUUGAUGCAUCACCUGUGUGCCAAUGUUUAGAGGGGUUUGAACCGAAGUCUUCGGAGACUAUGGACUUGGCACAAGGGUGUGUGAGAAGAGAACCGUGGAGGUGCAAGGUGGAAGGGAGAGAUGGGUUUAGAAAAUUUAUAGGGUUGAAGUUUCCCGAUACUACACAUUCUUGGGUUAAUAGAAGCAUGACACUCGAGGAAUGCAAGGUUAAGUGUCGGGAAAAUUGUUCGUGCACGGCUUAUGCAAACUUGGACAUAAGAGGAGCAGGAAGUGGGUGUUCUAUUUGGUUCGGCGAUCUUAUUGAUUUGAAAGUUGUUUCACAAAGUGGACAAUAUCUGUAUAUUCGAAUAGCAGAUUCACAGACAGAUUCUAAAGAUGCCCAUAAGAAGAAGGCAUUGUUGCUGAUAGGUACCACUGUUGCUCCUAUUGCUCUUGUGGUACUACUGGCAAUCUUCUACUACUACAGGAGAAAAAGGAAGUAUGAAGUAGAAAAGAAAAGUGAAGUUGGUGGACAAGAAGAUAGUAUGGAAUUGCCAUUGUUUGAUCUUGCUACAAUAGUUAAUGCUACCAACAACUUCUCAACUGACAACAAACUUGGGCAGGGUGGGUUUGGGCCUGUAUACAAGGGUGUAUUAGUAGACGGACAAGAAAUUGCUGUUAAAAGGCUAUCAAGGAGUUCUGGACAAGGAUUAACAGAAUUUAAGAACGAAGUCAUAUUGUGUGCCAAACUCCAACAUCGAAAUUUAGUUAAAGUUCUUGGUUGUUGCAUUGAAGGGGAGGAGAAAAUGCUUCUCUAUGAAUAUAUGCCUAACAGAAGUCUAGAUUCAUUUCUUUUUGGUUAG